UCUCUAGUCUAAAAUAAUAUUUUGAUAUGAAAGUAAAACAUCUGUAAGAUACGCCGUUAAAUUUGUGCAAUAAAUUGAGAGUGGCUGGAACAUCCUGGAUGGUAGGGUGCCGUUAUGGUGUACAUCGACCAUAAUGGGCGAGUGUGGGAGAAGCGUCCUUGGGAUUGGAGACGGAUAGUGGAGCUAUUUGUGGGAAUAUGGUUUGCCAUAAAACAGCUAUUUCUGACAUUUCUCGCUCCCUUCACAGGCGCCAAUAACCAGGCCAACUCUCGUCGUGGAAAUGGUUGGGGAGGCGGUGGUGGAGGUGGAGGAUGGGGAGGAGGAGGAGGAGGUGGUGGUGGUGGCGGAGGAUCAGGACCACGAGGAGGUGGCUUAAGGCCAAACCGUCGAAUUGGGCGUAUUCAGCCGUCAAUGAGCUGCAAUAUGCCUGCAGCGGGCGGAUGAGGCUAAUAGCGACAUCUGGUCCCAAAACAUGUAUUUGGGAGGAUGUCGCGCCGACAAGAGACUGAUUACGCAAAGCAGCAAUAUAUACGAUCUAGAAAUUACGUUUUAUCUCGCCUUCAUGGCGCUUAUGAAGCAGCCCUCCUAAACUUGGUCUCAAGCGGAGUGCUGCUGAACUGAUUAAACGCUGAUUUCCGGGUCGCUGCUUACGUGGCCGUCGUCGGUUCCAAUAUAGUUACAGGUUUUUGUUUUCGGUCUGCGGGUUUUUCUGAAUUAACCAAUUCAAAGUACAAUGUAGCCUUAAAUAUAUAAAUAAAACCCAAGAAUUUUGUGCAAA